AUGACCCCUCCUUCCCCUCCAGACACCCUUGUGCUGGCCGCAGCCCAGAAUCCAGGCGAAAUUUUGGUGCUGACUGGUGUAAUAAAAAAGAGAGCUUGUCUGUUGUCAAAUGUUGCUGUUGACAAUGCUGCUUGUCUUUUGUUCUUAAAGGCUUUUCUAGUUCCUAAUAAAGUUUACGUUAUCACUGCUUCAGAAAGUUAUAGUGGUUCUGUUUCAGAUGUCUCAAAGCAUUUCCUUAAUGAACUAUCAGGUACUGUUGCAGUAAUUACUUCUGAUGGAAGAAUGAUUGUGGGAACCCUCAAAGGUUUUGAUCAGACCAUUAAUUUGAUUUUGGAUGAAAGCCAUGAACGAGUGUUCAGUUCUUCACAAGGAGUUGAACAGGUUGUACUAGGAUUAUACAUUGUAAGAGGUGAUAAUGUUGCUGUCAUUGGUGAAAUUGAUGAAGAGACAGAUUCAGCUCUUGACUUGGGAAAUAUUCGUGCAGAACCUUUGAACUCAGUUGUGCAUUAAAGGAAAAAAUGCACAAAGACUCUGUAAAUCUUUGGUUGUACAGACCUAUUUAAACAGCAUGGACAGUUUUUACAGAUUUUGUGUAACUUGUUUAGUCACCAGUUUUUUAUUAUGAAUAUGUUAUAGUUUGACAUGUAAAUUAAAAUUUCUACGUUUUACUAAGACUUUUUCACUGGAUUUACUUUGGGGUUUCAUGCUACAUAAUUCUACUUUAAAACGUAAAUUGGGAAAUGCAAGGCCAUUUCAGUGAUAGUCCUGAUAUUGUGUAUAUAUACUUCAUUCUUAAAGCAGAAAUCUCAGUCCUGAAGGUAAACCAAUGUUUUGUUUUAACUCCAUUGUUUAACUCCAAUGUUUUAGUUAUUUGGGGACAGAUUGUAUAAUAGUCAAUUUAACGAUGACUUUUUUUUUAAUGCAGGGUAUUACUAGUAGUAGAGCUAUUGAACAAAUGUAUUUCUGACUGUAAGUAGAAAACUGAUUUUUGUGAUUCCUCUGUAGUAAAAAAGUAAAAAUGUUGCGAGAUUUCACAGUCAAAUUAAUGACAUACUCUUGUAAUUGGUUGCUUUUGAUGUUUAUGAAACACUAUUCUUUAGUCUCACAAACUUAUCAGAGUUGCAGGAAUUCUUGGUUUCUUGAUGUCUACAGAAAAAAAAAGUAUUUUGAACAGGAAACAGAUCAUAAACGAAAUAUACGUGUUGAAUCAAAGGCCAAUAAAGUCUAGAGUAACUCAU